AUGUCCGGUGUGGGCGAAGCAUCCGCCAUAAUCGGCAUCCUCUCAGCCGGCGUCACGUUUAUUGAAGCCGCCAAAAAGGUCUACGAUGCAGCGGAAAACGCGGAAGAUCUACCUGCCGCCUUUCGCGAAGUCGCCCAGCGUCUCCCUCUCAUCCAAGAUACUUUGAAAAUCAUAGAGGCACAACUUGAAAAAGACACGCUCGAUAAGGCUACAUAUGAAGCAAUAAAGAGCACCAGCGAACGAGCCAAGACCAAAGCUGAGCAGUUGAAGGUGAUUUUUGAAAAAUGUAUUCCGGUCGAAGGUGCAUCGAGAUACGCGCGAUACGUUGCAGCGCUUCGAACCUUGGGGAAAGAGCAUAAAGUUGAAGUGUUGAUGAAAGAUCUGUUGGGGGCUGUGUAG